AUGAACACGCGCGCAAAAACCGCUGGUCUUAUAAAAGAAUUUUUUUCUUCUUCUAAUUAUGCCGUCGUAGGUGCUUCAACAGAUCCCUCAAAAUACGGCAAUAAGAAGGAAGCGGAGAUCGAGGGAUUAAGCUGUGUUCCGAAUUUAUCUUCGUUACCAAAUAUUGAUCCUAAUAGUACAUCUAUUUCGAUAAUAACUCAGCCAAAUGUGUCAAAAGAUAUUUUGAAAGAGGCGACAGAAUUGGGAAUUAGUCGUAUAUGGCUUCAACCAGGGGCUGAAAACGUUGAAUGUCAAGAAUAUGCAAAUAAAGUUGGAUUGCAAAUAAUUAGUGGUGGUCCUUGUGUUUUGGUUAAUGGGAUUAAACGUUAG